GCAGUACUCCGAGACCGCGGACCCGUGUCAGUGACAGCUUCCGGUUUGGUUUCUCCGCCUUCUGCUUGGCUAGAGCUAUUGGGGCUCAGUGGCGGCCGCAGUGGGGUGGAGGGGGGCAGGGCGUGGUGAGGUAAGGUGAGUGCCGUAGUGGGGUUCCCCGGAGCCAUGGCCUGCUCCAUUGUCCAGUUCUGCUACUUCCAGGACCUCCAGGCCGCCCGGGACUUCCUCUUUCCUCACCUGCGGGAGGAGAUCCUCAGCGGCGCCUUGCGGAGGGACCCCAGUAAAUCAACAGACUGGGAAGAUGAUGGUUGGGGAGCAUGGGAAGAAACUGAACCACAAGAACCUGAAGAAGAAGGAAAUACUUGCAAAACACAAAAAACUUCCUGGCUCCAAGAUUGUGUUUUAUCCUUAUCUCCAACCAAUGAUCUUAUGGUGAUAGCUCGAGAGCAGAAAGCUGUAUUUCUAGUGCCAAAAUGGAAAUAUAGUGAUAAAGGAAAGGAAGAAAUGCAAUUUGCUGUUGGCUGGAGUGGUUCAUUAAAUGUCGAAGAAGGGGAAUGUGUAACCAGUGCUCUAUGUAUCCCACUAGCAAGCCAAAAGAGGAGUUCCACUGGGCGUCCUGACUGGACCUGCAUUGUGGUGGGUUUUACUUCAGGUUAUGUGCGCUUCUACACUGAGAAUGGUGUGCUCUUGCUUGCACAGCUUUUGAAUGAGGACCCAGUACUUCAACUUAAAUGCAGAACCUAUGAAAUACCACGACAUCCCGGCGUGACUGAGCAGAAUGAAGAGUUGAGUAUCUUAUAUCCAGCUGCCAUUGUGACUAUUGAUGGAUUUAGCCUUUUUCAAUCUCUUCGUGCUUGUCGAAAUCAGGUAGCAAAAGCUGCAGCAUCAGGCAAUGAGAACAUACAACCACCACCAUUAGCUUACAAGAAAUGGGGUCUACAAGAUAUUGACACUAUUAUUGAUCAUGCUAGUGUUGGUAUUAUGACUCUGUCCCCCUUUGAUCAAAUGAAGACUGCCUCCAAUAUAGGUGGAUUUAAUGCAGCAAUUAAAAAUAGUCCACCUGCCAUGUCUCAGUAUAUCACUGUAGGGUCCAAUCCAUUUACUGGCUUCUUCUAUGCUUUAGAGGGAAGCACACAACCAUUAUUAUCACAUGUUGCACUAGCAGUUGCAAGUAAACUCACUUCUGCUUUAUUUAAUGCUGCCAGUGGCUGGCUUGGUUGGAAAAGUAAGCACGAAGAAGAAGCUGUCCAAAAGCAAAAGCCGAAGGUUGAGCCAGCUACCCCAUUAGCUGUAAGAUUUGGACUUCCAGAUUCUAGACGCCAUGGUGAAAGCAUAUGUCUGUCUCCAUGUAACACACUGGCAGCAGUAACAGAUGAUUUCGGCAGAGUUAUUUUAUUGGAUGUAGCUAGAGGAAUUGCAAUACGCAUGUGGAAAGGGUACCGUGAUGCACAAAUUGGAUGGAUUCAAAUUGUAGAGGACCUCCAUGAAAGAGUGCCAGAAAAGGCGGAUUUUUCCCCCUUUGGAAAUUCUCAGGGUCCAAGUCGAGUAGCUCAAUUCCUUGUGAUCUAUGCACCAAGAAGGGGAAUUUUAGAAGUGUGGAGCACACAGCAGGGACCAAGAGUAGGAGCUUUCAAUGUGGGGAAGCACUGCAGGCUGCUGUAUCCUGGCUAUAAAAUAAUGGGCUUAAAUAAUGUUACAAGUCAGAGCUGGCAGCCACAGACUUAUCAGAUCUGUCUUGUUGAUCCAGUGUCUGGAAGUGUGAAAACAGUGAACGUUCCCUUCCAUUUAGCACUGAGUGAUAAGAAGAGUGAACGAGCCAAGGAUAUGCACCUAGUGAAGAAACUAGCAGCCUUACUGAAAACAAAGUCUCCCAAUCUUGAUUUGGUUGAAACAGAAAUAAAGGAAUUAAUUCUUGAUAUUAAAUACCCUGCAACCAAAAAACAAGCUUUGGAAAGCAUUUUGGCAAGUGAACGUUUGCCAUUUUCUUGCCUUAGAAACAUCACUCAGACUUUAAUGGACACUUUAAAAAAUCAAGAACUUGAGUCUGUUGACGAAGGAUUGCUACAGUUUUGUGCCAAUAAACUAAAAUUGCUGCAACUCUAUGAGUCUGUCAGUCAAUUAAAUUCCCUUGAUUUUCAUUUAGACACACCAUUCUCUGAUAAUGACUUGGCUGUGUUACUAAGACUUGAUGAAAAAGAACUGCUUAAGCUCCAGGCAUUACUAGAGAAAUAUAAGCAAGAGAACACCAGGACAAAUGUUCGAUUUUCUGAUGAUAAAGAUGGUGUGUUGCCUGUAAAAACAUUCUUGGAAUAUUUAGAAUAUGAAAAGGAUGUGCUCAAUGUAAAGAAGAUAAGUGAAGAGGAAUAUGUGGCUUUAGGUAGUUUCUUUUUUUGGAAGUGUUUGCAUGGAGAAAGCUCCACUGAGGAUAUGUGUCACACUUUAGAGUCGGCUGGACUUAGCCCUCAGCUGUUGUUGUCUCUGCUCCUGAGUGUUUGGCUUUCAAAGGAAAAGGAUAUUUUGGAUAAACCACAGUCAAUCUGCUGUCUUCAUGCCAUGCUGUCCCUCCUGAGCAAGAUGAAAGUGGCCAUCGAUGAGACCUGGGAUUCUCAGUCUGUGUCCCCAUGGUGGCAGCAGAUGCGCACAGCCUGUAUUCAGUCUGAGAACAAUGGAGCCGCUCUGUUGUCUGCACAUGUUGGGCAUUCUGUUGCUGCACAGAUAUCAAACAACAUGACAGAGAAAAAAUUUUCCCAAACAGUUUUGGGUGCUGAUUCAGAGGCCCUCACUGAUUCCUGGGAGGCACUUUCUCUUGACACUGAGUACUGGAAACUCCUUCUGAAGCAGCUGGAGGAUUGUCUCAUACUUCAGACUCUGCUUCACAGCAAAGGGAACACUCAGGCUUCCAAUGUGUCAUCACUGCAGGCUGAGCCACUUCCAAGGCUUUCUGUUAAAAAGUUAUUAGAAGGAGGAAAAGGUGGCAUUGCAGACAGUGUAGCCAAGUGGAUAUUUAAACAAGACCUCAGCCCUGAAGUAUUAAAACUGGCUAAUGAAGAAAGAGAUGCAGAAAACCCAGAUGAACCCAAAGAAGGUGUUAACAGAAGUUUCCUUGAGGUAUCAGAGAUGGAGAUGGACUUAGGAGCCAUACCAGACUUACUGCAUUUAGCCUAUGAGCAGUUUCCUUGUAGCCUUGAGCUCGAUGUGUUGCAUGCACAUUGCUGCUGGGAGUACGUUGUUCAGUGGAAUAAAGAUCCAGAGGAAGCACGUUUUUUUGUUAGGUCAAUAGAACACUUGAAGCACAUAUUUAAUGCACAUGUUCAAAAUGGCAUUGCACUGAUGAUGUGGAAUACGUUCUUAGUUAAAAGAUUUUCUGCUGCUACAUACUUAAUGGAUAAGGUUGGAAAAUCACCAAAGGAUAGGUUAUGUCGAAGGGAUGUGGGAAUGAGUGACACAGCAAUGACAUCUUUCCUCGGCUCCUGUUUGGAUCUUCUUCAGAUCUUAAUGGAGGCAGAUGUUAGCAGGGAUGAAAUACAGGUGCCUGUGCUGGAUACUGAGGAUGCGUGGCUCUCCGUGGAAGGACCAAUCUCCAUAGUGGAACUGGCCCUUGAGCAGAAGCACAUCCACUACCCACUGGUGGAGCACCACUCCAUCCUGUGCUCCAUCUUGUAUGCAGUCAUGAGGUUUUCUCUGAAGACCGUGAAGCCACUUUCACUUUUUGACAGUAAGGGAAAAAAUGCAUUUUUCAAAGACCUAACUUCAAUUCAGUUAUUACCUAGUGGGGAAAUGGAUCCAAAUUUUAUUUCUGUACGACAACAGUUCUUAUUGAAAGUUGUCAGUGCAGCUGUCCAGGCCCAACAUUCAGCCACAAAGGUCAAAGAUCCCACAGAAGAAGCCACACCCACUCCUUUUGGGAAAGACCAAGAUUGGCCAGCUCUAGCUGUGGAUUUAGCCCAUCACCUUCAAGUUAGUGAAGAUGUUGUUAGAAGGCAUUAUGUGGGGGAACUAUACAACUAUGGAGUUGACCACUUAGGAGAAGAGGCCAUUCUACAGGUUCAUGACAAAGAGGUCCUUGCCUCUCAGCUGCUGGUGCUGACAGGGCAAAGGCUGGCUCAUGCGCUUCUCCACACCCAGACAAAAGAAGGAAUGGAGCUGCUUGCCAGACUUCCACCCACACUGUGUACUUGGCUGAAAGCAAUGGACCCCCAGGACCUUCAAAACACUGAAGUGCCAAUUGCAACAACAGCUAAACUAGUAAAUAAAGUAAUUGAGCUUUUACCAGAAAAACAUGGGCAGUAUGGUCUAGCCUUACACCUCAUUGAAGCUGUGGAAGCCAUAUCUCUUCCUUCUUUAUGACACUUACCUACUGGAAAUAGUCUAAAAUUAUGAUUAUAACAUGAACUAGUGCAUGGUUAUUUUACAUAGUAAGACCUGGAAUUUUAUGGGAAAAGUAUGUCUUUUUUUUUCCUUUUGUAAAAUAAAUAAAAGUAUAUACAACUUUUAAAAAGUGCAA